GGGUUUUUUUUUUUUUCUCCCCUCCCUCUUUUCUAUGCAGCUGAUCUGAAAGGGAAUAAAAGGCUGCGCAUAAUCAUAAUAAUAAAAGAAGGGGAGCGCGAGAGAAGGAAAGAAAGCCGGGAGGUGGAAGAGGAGGGGGAGCGCCUCAAAGAAGCGAUCAGAAUAAUAAAAGGAGGCCGGGCUCUUUGCCUUCUGGAACAGGCCGCUCUUGAAAGGGCUUUUGAAAAGUGGUGUUGUUUUCCAGUCGUGCAUGCUCCAAUCGGCGGAGUAUAUUAGAGCCGGGACGCGGCGGCCGCAGGAGCAGCGGCGACGGCAGCACCGGUGGGAGCACCAGCGCGAGCAGCAGCGGCGGCGGCGGCGGCUUCCCGAGUGCCCGCGGCGCGCGGCGCAGCGAUGCGGUCCCCACGGACGCGCGGCCGGCCCGGGCGCCCCCUGAGCCUCCUGCUCGCCCUGCUCUGCGCCCUGCGAGCCAAGGUGUGCGGGGCCUCCGGCCAGUUCGAGUUGGAGAUCCUGUCCAUGCAGAACGUGAACGGGGAGCUGCAGAACGGGAACUGCUGCGGCGGCGCCCGGAACCCGGGGGACCGCAAGUGCGCCCGCGACGAGUGUGACACGUACUUCAAAGUGUGCCUCAAGGAGUACCAGUCCCGCGUCACGGCCGGGGGACCCUGCAGCUUCGGCUCGGGGUCCACUCCUGUCAUCGGUGGCAACACCUUCAACCUCAAGGGCAGUCGCGGCAACGACCGUAACCGCAUCGUUCUGCCUUUCAGUUUCGCCUGGCCGAGGUCCUACACUUUGCUCGUGGAGGCGUGGGAUUCCAGUAAUGACACCGUCCAACCUGACAGCAUUAUUGAAAAGGCUUCUCACUCAGGCAUGAUAAACCCCAGCCGGCAGUGGCAGACGCUGAAGCAGAACACGGGGGUUGCCCACUUUGAGUAUCAGAUCCGCGUGACCUGUGAUGACUAUUAUUAUGGCUUUGGCUGCAAUAAGUUCUGCCGACCCAGAGAUGACUUCUUUGGGCACUAUGCCUGCGACCAGAAUGGCAACAAAACUUGCGUGGAAGGUUGGAUGGGCCCUGAGUGUAACAGAGCUAUUUGCAGACAAGGCUGUAGUCCCAAGCACGGGUCUUGCAAAAUCCCAGGAGACUGCAGGUGUCAGUAUGGCUGGCAGGGCCAGUACUGUGACAAGUGCAUCCCGCACCCGGGCUGCGUCCACGGCACCUGUAACGAGCCCUGGCAGUGCCUCUGCGAGACCAACUGGGGUGGCCAGCUCUGCGACAAAGAUCUCAAUUACUGCGGGACCCAUCAGCCAUGUCUCAAUGGGGGAACUUGUAGCAACACAGGUCCUGACAAAUACCAGUGUUCCUGCCCUGAGGGGUAUUCGGGACCCACCUGUGAAAUCGCGGAGCACGCCUGCCUCUCUGAUCCCUGCCACAACAGAGGCAGCUGCAAGGAGACCUCUCUGGGGUUUGAGUGUGAGUGUUCUCCAGGCUGGACUGGCCCCACGUGCUCCACAAACAUUGAUGACUGUUCUCCAAAUAACUGUUCCCACGGGGGCACCUGCCAGGACUUGGUUAACGGAUUUAAGUGCGUGUGCCCGCCCCAAUGGACUGGCAAAACGUGCCAGUUAGAUGCAAAUGAAUGCGAGGCCAAACCAUGUGUAAAUGCCAAAUCCUGUAAGAAUCUGAUCGCCAGCUACUACUGCGACUGCCUUCCGGGCUGGACGGGUCAGAACUGUGACAUAAAUAUUAAUGACUGCCUUGGCCAGUGUCAGAAUGAUGCCUCCUGUCGGGAUUUGGUUAAUGGUUAUCGCUGUAUCUGUCCACCUGGCUAUGCAGGCGAUCACUGUGAGAGAGACAUCGAUGAAUGCGCCAGCAACCCCUGUUUGAAUGGGGGUCACUGUCAGAAUGAAAUCAACAGAUUCCAGUGUCUGUGUCCCACUGGUUUCUCUGGAAACCUCUGUCAGCUGGACAUAGAUUAUUGUGAGCCCAAUCCCUGCCAGAAUGGUGCCCAGUGCUACAACCGUGCCAGCGACUAUUUCUGCAAAUGUCCCGAGGACUACGAAGGCAAGAACUGCUCCCACCUUAAAGACCACUGCCGCACAACCCCCUGUGAAGUGAUUGACAGCUGCACAGUGGCCAUGGCUUCCAACGACACGCCUGAAGGGGUGCGGUAUAUUUCCUCGAACGUCUGCGGUCCCCACGGGAAGUGCAAGAGUCAGUCAGGAGGCAAAUUCACCUGUGACUGCAACAAAGGCUUCACUGGAACGUACUGCCAUGAAAAUAUCAAUGACUGUGAGAGCAGCCCCUGCAAAAACGGUGGCACUUGCAUUGAUGGUGUUAACUCCUACAAGUGUAUCUGUAGUGACGGCUGGGAGGGGGCCUACUGUGACAUCAACAUUAAUGACUGCAGCCAGAACCCCUGUCACAAUGGAGGCUCGUGUCGUGACCUGGUCAACGACUUUUACUGUGACUGUAAAAACGGCUGGAAAGGAAAGACCUGCCACUCACGUGACAGCCAGUGUGAUGAGGCCACGUGCAACAAUGGUGGCACCUGCUAUGACGAAGGGGACACUUUCAAGUGCAUGUGCCCUGGAGGCUGGGAAGGAACAACCUGCAACAUAGCCCGAAACAGUAGCUGUCUGCCCAACCCCUGCCAUAACGGGGGCACCUGUGUGGUCAACGGCGAGUCCUUCACAUGUGUCUGCAAAGAAGGCUGGGAGGGGCCCAUCUGUACUCAGAAUACCAAUGACUGCAGCCCUCAUCCCUGUUACAACAGUGGCACGUGUGUGGAUGGAGACAACUGGUACCGGUGUGAGUGUGCCCCCGGUUUUGCUGGGCCUGACUGCAGAAUAAACAUCAACGAAUGCCAGUCUUCACCUUGUGCCUUUGGGGCGACCUGUGUGGAUGAGAUCAAUGGCUACCGGUGCCUCUGCCCCCCGGGGCACAGUGGUGCCAAGUGCCAGGAAGUUUCAGGGAGACCUUGCAUCACCAUGGGGAGUGUGAUCCCAGAUGGGGCCAAGUGGGACGACGACUGCAAUGCCUGCCAGUGCUUGAACGGGAGGAUUGCCUGCUCAAAGGUCUGGUGUGGCCCUCGACCUUGCCUGCUCCACAAAGGGCACAGCGAGUGCCCCAGCGGGCAGAGCUGCAUCCCUAUCCUGGAUGACCAGUGCUUCGUGCGGCCCUGCACUGGUGUAGGCGAGUGCCGGUCUUCCAGUCUCCAGCCGGUGAAGACCAAAUGUGCUUCUGACCCCUAUUACCAGGAUAACUGUGCCAACAUCACGUUCACCUUCAACAAAGAGAUGAUGUCACCGGGUCUUACCACAGAGCACAUUUGCAGUGAACUGAGGAAUCUGAAUAUUUUGAAGAACGUUUCUGCUGAAUAUUCAAUCUACAUAGCUUGUGAGCCCUCCCCCUCUGCAAAUAAUGAAAUACACGUGGCCAUUUCUGCUGAAGACAUACGGGAUGAUGGAAACCCCAUCAAGGAAAUCACUGACAAAAUUAUAGAUCUCGUUAGUAAACGUGAUGGGAACAGCUCACUUAUUGCUGCCGUGGCAGAAGUGAGAGUUCAGAGGCGUCCUCUGAAGAACAGAACAGAUUUCCUGGUUCCUCUGCUGAGCUCCGUCUUAACCGUGGCCUGGAUCUGUUGCCUGGUGACGGCCUUCUACUGGUGUGUGCGGAAGCGGCGGAAGCCCAGCAGCCACGCUCGCUCGGCCUCCGAGGACAACACCACCAACAACGUGAGGGAGCAGCUGAACCAGAUCAAGAACCCCAUCGAGAAGCACGGGGCCAACACGGUCCCCGUCAAGGAUUACGAGAACAAAAACUCCAAAAUGUCGAAAAUAAGGACACACAACUCAGAGGUGGAAGAGGACGACAUGGAUAAGCACCAGCAGAAAGCCCGGUUUGCCAAACAGCCAGCGUACACGCUGGUAGACAGAGAGGAGAAGCCCCCCAACGGCACGCCGGCCAAACACCCAAACUGGACAAACAAACAGGACAACAGAGACCUGGAGAGUGCCCAGAGCCUAAACCGCAUGGAGUACAUCGUAUAGCAGCCUGCGGGCGCUGCCGCCACCGCUAGGUAGAGUCGAGGGCGCUCGGGGCUCGUAGUUCUUUAAACUGUCGUGUCCUAGUCCAGUCUGAGGCUGUUGUUGACUUAGACCCUGUGUUAAUUUAAGUUUUGACAAGCUGGCUUACACUGGCAAUGGUAGUUUCUGUGGUUGGCUGGGAAGUCGAGUGCUGCACAGCUAUGCAAAAGCCAGUCGAGAGUGCCCUGGUGCACGUUCCCCGCAGCCGACACAGCUCGGAUCAGGCUCCCAAGAGAAGGCCCGGCCCCUAGGCCUUGAGCUUCCACUUCUGCCGGAUGUCCCGAUGGUGAUGCAGUCUUAGGAUCAUAGUUUUAUUUAUAUUUAUUGACUCUUGAGUUGUUUUUGUAUAUUGGUUUUAUGAUGACGUACAAGUAGUUCUGUAUUUGAAAGUGCCUUUGCAGCUCAGAACCACAGCAACUAUCACAAAUGAGUUUAUUAUUUAUUUUUUUUAUUGUAUUUUGUUGUUGGGGGAGGGGGGACUCUUGAUGUCAGCAGUUGCUGGUAAAAUGAAGAA